AAGAAUUAAGCAAUGCUGUAAAAGUAUGUAAGGAAGGGAAAAUCGAAGAAUACUUUUUUUUACCGAGAAUAACACAUGCCUAUAGCCCGCCAUUGUAGAAAAACCUGUAGCUCCAGCUGCAAGUGAGCAAACAGCUCAGUUAUACCUUAACAACGUCUUUCCAUUAAAAAUGGGAUCCUUCGAUAUCCGUCAAUACUUUUUCAGAAACUCCAAACAGUUCUUGGAAAGAAAGGCACAUCAGGCAAUACCUUCUGACGAUUUGCCUUAUAACUUUGCAAUCAAGGAGAUUCUCGCUCGUACAAAGGAUGGUGGUGCAAUUGUCACAUUUUCAUUUAAAAGUACAGAUGCUUCUAAAUACAAAGUAGCAAGAGAUCUUGUCGAAAGAGUAAACGAUUACAUCGCCAAACAAAAUAUCGUUGCCAAAUUCAAUUUUAGAACAGUGCGAGCAUUUUUGGUAAGAGGUGCGCCAUUUAUGGAGGAUAUGAUUGCACGAUACCCUACACAGAGAUUACGUAUCGAAUUUCAAGGCGAGCCUGUCAAUAUCGAGAGAUUGUAUAAACAACUUAGACCAUAUGGGCGAGUAUUUGAUAUUUCGAUUUAUCCUAAUCCUCAUAUCGCCAAGGAUCCAGCAAGAUAUGCCAUUGUUCAAUUUACACGUAUCCGUUAUGCCACGAGUGCACGCAAUUGUUUACACGGACAUUAUAUUGAUGGUACAAGGUUAAAUGUUUUGUAUGAAAGGCAGUUACGUACAAAUGUUGUAAAAGAAUGGUUGGUAAGCCAUCCUCGUAUUACCGUACCCCUCUUUGCUGCUAUAUUUGCAGGUAUAACCUACAUCGUAUUUGAUCCCAUCCGUGUCUUUUUUAUCACCUCCAAGGUCACAAAACGUUUCAAUCUUGAAGAAUAUGCAUUGUAUCGCUGGUUGCGUAGUGAGACUUGGGCUCGUUUGAUUCCUGGUGGUUCUGGUUCACAUAUUGAAGGCUCGUCUAUUUGGGCUCAUGAUGUUGAAAAGACCGAUAAAUUGAAAUCUUGGCUCGCUGAGACUCCAGAAACUUUUGUUCUGGUGACUGGUCACAAAGGUAGUGGUAAAUCAGCUUUAGUAAAAUCUGCCAUCGAGGAUAGAAAGAACAAAAUCUUUAUUGAUUGUGAGGACCUGGCCAAUUCAAGAAAUAAAUCGGAAAUGACCAAGAAUUUAGCUAAAGAAGUGGGUUAUUUCCCUGUAUUCACGUGGGCUGCUUCGAUGAGUGGAUUGAUUGAUACAGUCGUGGCUGCCACAACUGGCCAAAAGACUGGACUUUCCUCUUCCCCUGAUUCACAAAUGAAAAACAUUUUAGAAACUGUCGCUAUUGCUUUAAGAGAUGUCGAACCUGCCGAAAAAGAACGUAAACGUGCUGAAGAAGAAGCUGAUCACGAAAGUUUCUGGGAACGCGUACAGAGUUUAUUCGUUGGUCACAAGGAGCAUUUGGUAGAGAAGACGGAUGAAAAGGAUGAAAUUAAGUUGGACGAAAAAAGUAUUCCUAUUGUUGUGAUUGAUAAUUACAUGUGCAGAGAAACAUCCAAAAAUGCAUUAUUAUGGGAAGAGUUGGCCGAAUGGGCUGCCUUGUUGAUUGAGAAUGGUAUUGCUCAUGUGGUAAUCGUUACAUCAAAUGCUAGUGUGAUGAAGACGCUUGGAAAGGCUCUUCCCGGUAAGAGUUUCUCAAAUAUUGCUCUCUCAGAUGCGCCUCCAGAAAUGGCUAUGACUUUUAUCAACAAACAACUCGGCAAUGAAGUACAAGAUCCUUAUCUCCCAGAUGUCGUUGCUGCUUUGGGUGGACGUUUGACUGAAUUAGAACUCUUGGUUCAAAAGAUGAAGAUGAAAAUGGAUGCGCAAACUGCAUUUGAGGAUAUUGUUACACGAAAUUUGAUCGAUAUCCGUAAAUAUGGAUUCGGAGAAUCAUGGGACGAAGAUAAAAAGUUGGAGUGGACACCAAUUCAAUUCUGGACGAUUGUUAAACUUUUAACAAACAAAAUAAGCAUCAAUUAUGAUGAAUUAAGAUGGAGUCCGGUAUUUUUGGGUGCAGAAGCACCAUUGAGGGCUAUGGAGAGAGCAGAAUUGAUUACCAUUGUUCAAAAAGAAGGUCGUGCUGAUUCUAUCAGACCCGGUAAACCUGUUUUUUAUACUGUUUUCAACCGACUCGUCUCAGAUACGGUUUUUGCUGCAUCAAUGGAAGUAGAAUCCAACAUGACACUUAAGAAACAAUCCGAAACAGAAAUGGCAAAAUUAGAAAAUACUAUCGAGAAAUUAACAAAUAUCAAUGCCACCAAUCGACCUCCUAAAGAGAUCGAGACUCGAAUUCGUUAUUUAUUAACCAAAGUAGCCAAGAUCCAAAAAUUAAUUGAAGAUUACGACCAAAAGAUCACCGUGGCGAAGGAAGUUAUUUCCACAUCUUGGGUACCAGAAGAGGACGAAUAAAAAAUAACCUCUCUGAAUAAAAAUACACUUUAUUUUAUUUGUAGCAUUACAUC